GCUUGAGGAACAAACAAAGAAGCAAAAAAAAAAAAAAAGAAAAAAAAAAAAAAAAAAAAAAAAAAAAAAAAAAAAAAAGAAAAAAAAAAAAGAAAGAAAAAAAAAAGAAAAUCAAAGGAGGGGGUGUUGAAGGCACACACUUCCCUUCCUCUUUCUCUCUGUUUCAUCGUAAACGAAGAAGAAACGCUGCAGCCACAGCCACAGCCACCACCGCCACCAUCACAGCUGAGAGAACAGAGAAUCCGAUCGGAGAAUAUUCGGUCGAACGGACUCGUUCUGAGUUGGAUCGGGCGAGUUCCGCCGCGAAGAUGAGCGGAUGGGAGAGGCUGAGGCCGUCGACGGUGAGGCUCGGUCGCGAUUCCAAUUCCGGCGGCAACAUCAGCAUGGGCGAGCGCAUUCCCUCCAGUCGGACCGUUCGGCUCGGCCGAGUCCAGCCACAGGCCCCUGGCCACCGCACCAUUUAUUGCAACGAUCGCGACGCCAAUCUCCCUGUCAAAUUCAAGGGGAAUUCUAUAUCAACGACAAAGUACAGCUUCUUUACUUUUUUGCCAAAAGGACUGUUCGAACAGUUCAGACGGGUAGCUAAUCUCUACUUUCUUACAAUCUCAAUUUUAUCAACAACGCCAAUCAGUCCUGUGAGUCCAAUAACGAAUGUGCUCCCCUUGAGCUUGGUGCUUUUUGUUUCUCUUGUUAAAGAAGCGUUUGAGGAUUGGAAACGCUUUCAGAAUGAUAUGUCAAUUAAUAAUAAUCCUGUGGAAGUGUUGCAAGAUCAAAAGUGGGAAACUAUUCCAUGGAAAAAAUUGCAGGUUGGGGACAUUGUAAGGAUAAAGCACGACGGAUUCUUCCCUGCAGAUCUGCUUUUUCUUGCAAGCACAAACGCAGAUGGUGUCUGCUACAUUGAGACUGCAAAUUUGGAUGGGGAAACCAAUUUGAAGAUCAGAAAGGCAUUGGAAAAGACUUGGGAUUAUUUGACUCCUGAAAAAGCAUCAGAAUUUAAAGGCGAAGUGCAGUGUGAACAACCAAACAAUUCAUUAUACACUUUCACGGGCAAUCUCAUUAUUCAGAAGCAAACAUUACCUCUCACGCCAAACCAAGUUCUGCUGAGAGGAUGCAGUCUAAGAAACACCGAGUACAUUGUUGGGGCUGUUCUUUUCUCAGGUCACGAAACAAAGGUUAUGAUGAAUGCCAUGAAUGUUCCUUCCAAAAGAAGUACUCUAGAGAGGAAACUCGACAAACUCAUCCUUGCACUGUUUGGUACUCUAUUUGUCAUGUGCCUAAUUGGAGCGAUUGGCAGCGGUGUAUUCAUUGAUCGCAAGUACUUCUACUUGGGUCUUAAUGUAGAUGUUGAGAAUCAGUUCAACCCUAAUAGACCUUUUGUGGUUGCUAUUCUUACUAUGUUCACUCUUAUUACUCUAUAUUCAACUAUCAUACCUAUCUCUCUGUAUGUUUCCAUUGAGAUGAUCAAAUUUAUUCAGUCCACCCAAUUUAUUAACAAGGACUUGCAUAUGUAUCACGUCGAAACCAAUACCCCUGCAUUGGCUAGGACUUCCAAUUUGAACGAGGAACUGGGACAGGUGGAGUACAUCUUUUCUGAUAAAACUGGAACACUAACGAGAAACUUAAUGGAGUUCUUCAAAUGUUCAAUUGGAGGAGAUGUUUAUGGCACUGGUGUCACUGAAAUAGAGACAGGAAUAUCACAGCGGAGAGGCAUUAAACUUGAGGAUUGUCAAAAGUCAACCAACGUGGUGCAAGAGAAAGGAUUCAACUUUGAUGAUCCCAGGCUUAUGAGGGGAGCUUGGAGGAAUGAGCCUAAUCCUGAUCUUUGCAAGGAAUUUUUCAGAUGCCUUGCUAUAUGUCAUACUGUGCUUCCUGAGGGUGAUGAGUCUCCGGAGAAAGUUACAUAUCAAGCCGCAUCACCAGAUGAAGCUGCUUUGGUAACUGCUGCAAAAAACUUUGGCUUCUUCUUUUACAGGCGUACUCCUACAACGAUAUAUGUUCGGGAGUCUCAUGUUGAAAAGAUGGGUAAAGUCCAAGAUGUUUCAUAUGAAAUCCUAAAUGUCCUUGAGUUCAAUAGUACAAGGAAGCGCCAAUCCGUUGUUUGUCGAUAUCCAGAUGGCAGGCUCGUACUGUACUGCAAGGGUGCUGAUACUGUAAUCUAUGAGAGAUUAGCUGAUGGUCAAGAUGAUAUCAAGAAAGUAUCUAGGGAGCACUUGGAGCAAUUUGGAUCUUCUGGAUUACGUACGCUUUGCUUGGCUUAUAGAGAUUUAAGUUCUGAUAUGUAUGAAAGCUGGAAUGAGAAGUUCAUCCAGGCUAAAUCUUCUCUACGUGAUCGUGAAAAGAAGUUGGAUGAGGUGGCAGAAAUCAUAGAAAAGGAGCUAAUUUUUAUUGGGUGUACUGCCAUUGAGGAUAAGCUUCAAGAAGGAGUUCCAGCUUGCAUAGAGACUCUUUCAAAAGCUGGUAUUAAGAUUUGGGUGCUAACAGGGGACAAGAUGGAAACUGCAAUUAAUAUAGCUUAUGCAUGCAAUCUUAUCAACAAUGAUAUGAAACAAUUUAUCAUCAAUUCGGAAACUGAUGCAAUUAGAGAAGUCGAAAACAGGGGUGACCAAGUGGAAAUUGCGCGGUUCAUUAAAGAAGAAGUCAAGAAGGAGUUGAAAAAGUGCCUUGAGGAAGCACAACACUUUCUUCACACAGUGGCUGCACCAAAGUUAGCUCUUGUAAUAGAUGGGAAAUGCUUGAUGUAUGCAUUAGACCCAAGCUUACGAGUGAUGCUACUAAAUUUAAGUUUAAAUUGUUGUUCAGUGGUUUGCUGUCGAGUUUCUCCUCUGCAGAAAGCACAGGUUACGAGUCUGGUCAAGAAAGGUGCAAAAAAAAUAACACUUAGCAUUGGUGAUGGUGCUAAUGACGUUAGUAUGAUUCAGGCCGCUCAUGUUGGCAUUGGAAUCAGUGGACAAGAGGGCAUGCAGGCGGUGAUGGCUAGUGAUUUUGCAAUUGCCCAGUUUCGUUUUCUUACAGAUUUACUUCUUGUGCAUGGACGGUGGUCGUAUCUUAGGUUAUGCAAGGUUAUUACAUAUUUCUUUUACAAGAAUCUUACUUUCACUCUGACUCAAUUUUGGUUCACCUUUCAAACUGGAUUUUCUGGUCAAAGAUUCUAUGACGACUGGUUUCAAUCAUUGUAUAACGUCAUAUUCACAGCCCUGCCUGUGAUCAUGGUUGGGCUUUUUGACAAGGAUGUCAGUGCAUCUCUUUCCAAGAAAUAUCCUGAAAUAUACAGGGAGGGGAUAAAAAAUGUCUUUUUCAAAUGGAGGGUUGUGGCAAUAUGGGCCUUCUUUUCUGUCUAUCAAUCUCUUAUCUUCUUUUACUUCGUGAGCGUUUCAAGUUCAAAUGCUCAAAAUUCCUCUGGCAAGAUGUUUGGUCUUUGGGAUGUCAGCACAAUGGCCUUCACCUGUGUUGUAGUGACAGUCAACCUACGGCUUCUUUUGAUGUGCAAUUCAAUUACAAGAUGGCAUUACAUUAGUGUUGGAGGAAGCAUUUUGGCGUGGUUUUUAUUCAUUUUCAUAUACUCGGGCAUUAUGACUUCAUAUGAUCGACAGGAAAAUAUUUUCUUUGUUAUUUAUGUCUUGAUGAGUACAUUCUACUUCUACUUGACACUUACACUUGUUCCUAUUGUUGCGCUUCUCGGCGACUUCAUCUACCAGGGGGUUCAGAGAUGGUUCUUCCCAUAUGAUUAUCAGAUUGUUCAGGAAAUUCACAUGCAUGAGCCCGAAGGUAGAACUAGAACAGAAUUGCUAGAGAUUGAAAACCACCUCACCCCAGAUGAAGCCAGGAGCUAUGCCAUAGCUCAACUCCCAAGAGAGUUGUCAAAACACACUGGCUUUGCUUUUGACUCACCUGGGUACGAGUCAUUCUUCGCUGCACAGCUUGGUGUGUUUGCGCCGCAGAAAGCGUGGGAUGUUGCUCGCAGAGCCAGCAUGAAGUCCCGUCCGAAGAUAGGGCAGAGGAAAUAAACUGAAAGAGGACACUCUUGUAUAAAAGAAUAUUCAUUUUGACAGUCAGCCGUAGAAAAAUUUGUAAAUUUAGCUCGUGCCAUAUUCUAGUUUAGUUUUUGUUUUACAUAUAUACAUAUAGAUUCUCUUUUUUGUUCCACUUUCAAAAUCUGUUUUCGUACUGUUGAGGAACUAGUUGUGCCAGGUUUCUCAAGAGUGUACAUUUACAUUAGAUAAACUCCGAGCUUUUUUUUUUUUUUUUUUGUUUUUUUUUUCUCGGUGCAAGUUGACCUAAUUUGUCCUUCAAGUUGUAUAUGAUUCUAUAUUCAUUGUGGCCUAGUUAGAAAUCCUACCAUUUCCCAA